AUGAUAUGGUGGUUUUUAAUUUCAGUUAAUUUUUUGUUUUUUCUUUUAAAAAGCUUUUUUACACCAAAAGAUUUAAUAAAUUUCAAUGAGUUAUAUAAUAGUCAAAAUAACUCUUCAACAGAAAAAUAUAUAUUAGGUGAAGAUUACAAUUUGACAAGUUUAAAAUUAAAAGUUGAUUUUGGAUCACUAGAUACAGGAACAAAAAUAAUAGAAUAUAGUAAAGGAAUUAUUAAUAUAAAAUCUAUUCAACAAUUUGAUUAUGAUAGUUAUAUGUUAACACCAUGUAAAUCAGAUAUAUGGUGGAUAUAUUCAUUUAGUGAUAUUAUUCAUAUAGAAAAAAUAGGUUUAGUUUCUUUAGAACAUUAUGCAUCUAAUUUUAAAGUAAUUGAAAUAUUAGGUAGUGAUAUUUAUCCAACUAAAAAAUGGAAAAAAUUGGGAAAAAUUUCAACAAAUUUUACUAAAAGCUUCGAACUUUUUAACAUUUUUGAAUAUUGUAAAAAUUAUGAUGAAGAUAACUGUUGGGUAAAAUACUUAAAGAUUAAUGUUUUAUCUCACCAUAAUAUAGAAAAUAAUUAUUACUGUACAUUAACCCAUUUUCAAAUAUUUGCAUCAUCGGGUGUUGAUAUGCUCAGUGAUAAAAUUUAUUCUGAUGAAAAAAUAAAUGAAAAUGAAAAAGAAAUGAAAGACAAAUAUGUUGGUGGAAAAAAUGAAGAAGUAUAUAAUGAAGAAAAAUUACAAGGUUUGGAAAAUGAUUACAUAAAAAAAGAGGCAAAAGAACAAGAGUUAAGAAAAAAAGAGUUAGAAGAAAAAAAGAUAGAAAAAGAAGAAAUCAAAAAAAAAAAUCAUAAAGAAAAAUAUUUAAUGGAUAAUCUUUCCAAAUAUACUACAGAAGAUGAAAAAGAAAAUGAGAAAAAAAAUGAAGAUGAUUUAAUUGUAAUUGAAAAACAAAUAAAUAAAUGUUAUAAAAAAAAAAAUGAUAUGAAAAGCAUUACAAAUGAUUCUAGAAGAAUUAAUAAUGUGACAAAUGUUAAUAAUAAUGUUUCAUUUUCAGAAGUAAACAGUGAAAAUAACUUACUAAUAAAGUAUGAAGAUAAAUUAUCAAAAUCUUACUUGAUUAUGAAUGAAACAAUAAACAAAAAAUACAAAAAUCUCAAAACAUUAAGUAAGCUGAGAUUAUCUAAUAUUUUUAAGAAUUCUAUAUUUAGAAUACAUAAAAAUAUAAUUAAUAAGAUUAUCUAUUAUAAUAUACUAAUAAAAAAAAGAGAAAAUACUUUUAAAUAUAAUGAUUCUAAUUUGAUUAAUAUUAUAAAAAACAAAUAUACAUACGAAAAUGAGGAAAAUUUUUAUAAAAAAAAUAUUCCAUAUGAAAAAAGAAAUAUAUCAAAAAGGUAUAAAUUAUUUAAAAAAAAGUUACAUUCAUCAAUUUUUCUAAUUUUAAGGAAGAUUUUUACUAAUCAGAAUAAUUAUUUUUCCCCUAAAAGUAGAAUGCCUGAAAAAGAUGAUAAAUCACAUAUAAUGAAUAGUUAUAGGAAUUCAGUUAAAAAAAAAGUAAUUCCUAUAAUAAAAAGUAUUUUUAUUAAUAGGAUUCUUUGCAAUAAUAAUAUUAUUUGUUUAUACAAUAAAAUAAAAGAAUUUAAAGAAUUCAUUAAGAAAGAAUACAUGUUUAGACAUUCUACUUUUAUAAAUCAUAUGUCUCCUUAUAUUAAAAAAAUAUCAGGAAUAAGAAAAACUGUUAAAGCAAAAAAAAAUAAAGAAUGCAAUAUAUUUAGAAAUAUCUUUUUAUCGAAGAAAAAAAAAAAGCUAAAUAAAAAAUUUAUAUCUGAUUAUUAUAAUAAAAUUAAUAUAAAACCUAACUCAACAUAUCAUACUCAUAAAGAUGGAAUCACGAAUUAUCAUUCAGAUAAAAUAUCUAAUAAUAAGGAUGUUAUUAGAAAUAACAUGAAUAUAUAUUACAUAAAUCCAUCUGAAAACUAUAUAGAUAUGUAUAUAAUUUCAAGUUUAAAAAAAGGUAAUACAUAUAACCCUAAAUUAAUAAAAUAUUGUAUUGAUUUAAUUUUUACUUGGAAAAAAAAAGGAAAGCCUUUAAGUGUCAUUUACGCUUUUAAAAAAAAAAAGCUAGUAAAUUAUUUAUUUAGCAAGGUUAAAUGUUACAAUAUUUUUAAUUAUUAUAUGAUUUUGAAAAAAAAGAGAGUAUUUUCUACUAGAGAUUAUUUUUUAAAUAAAAAAUACAAAACAUGCAAAAGGUGCAAUAUUAUGAGAGAUAGUUAUAUUAUACAUAAUACUUAUGAUAAAAAAAUAAAAAAUCUUAAGAAAUGUAAUAAAAAAUACGAUAAAAAUAAAGAUCUUCUUAUAUAUAAAAAACCAGAUAUAAACAAUUUAAUUUUAUCUUUUCAUAAGAUAAUAGACAAAGAUUUAUUAUUUAAUUAUCAUGUGAAUUCAUUAAUUCACAACAAAAACAAUUUUGAGAAUACUAAGAAAUGUUUUAAAUCUAUAUGGAAUAAUAUAUUUGAUAAAAAAAAAUUAUCAAAAGUUACUGAAUUAAAUAAAAAUAAUAUUUCAGAUUUAGUAAAAAAUUAUAUUAAUGAGCAAUGUAAAAUGAAGCACUUUGUUAAUUAUGAAAAAAAUAAGUAUACGCUAAAAAAAAAAAAAUAUAUGUUUUCUCAUUUUUUUCAAAGAAUAAAAGAAAAAAAAAUUAGUUCCAAUUCUAAAUAUUUAAAAGUAUUUGGGAAGAAAUCAAAAAAUGUAAAAUAUUUUUGUGUUAAAUAUAUAAAUAGUUUAUAUGUAAGAAUGAUUCUUAAUCGUAUUGAAUUCUUAAAAAAAAAGGGUAUUAUAAAAAAACUCAAUAAUGAGGAGAAAAUUAAAAAAGUGGAUACAAAAUUAUAUCUAAAAGAAAAAAAUAAUGUUGACUUCCUUAUACCUUUAUUCUGUACAAAAAAAAUUUUAGAGGAAACUCGAAAUUUACAGGAUAUUUGUUUAACUACAGACGAUAUGGACAACUUGAUUUAUUCAGAAAAAGACGUGAAAGGGUAUGUAGAUGAAAGUAGUAUUAAAAAUAUUGAAAAAGAAAAAUUAAAAAACGUAGUAAAUAUAGAUUAUCAAGAUAAUAAUGAAAAUAGCAUAAAAAUUCUAAAUGAAAUAAAAAAAAAUGAAGAAAUAAAUAAUAAACUUGUUAGUGAAGUAUAUAAUAUAAUUAAUGAAUAUGAUAUAUAUGAUAAUAACUUGGAAAAUUACUCACUUAAAUUAAAAACAGGAAAAAAGGUUUCCUUAAUAAUUAACAGUGAAGAUAAAAAAGAAAAUGAUGGAAAUAAAAAAAUCAAAGAAGAAAAGUUAAAUUAUUUUGAAGAAUUUAAUCAAAUAAUUGAUGAAAACAUAAAUUUUAAUGAGUUAAAUUGUGCAAGGGAGGAAAAAGUAGAAGAGAAAGCGAAAAAUAGUAGAGGUCAUGCUUUGUUAACAUUAGUAGAUAAAGUGAAAAAAAUUGAAAAUAAAAAUAAUUAUCUUGUUUCAAAAUUAAAAGACAUAAUAAAAAUAACUAAUAAUAAAAAUAAAAUAAUAUAUCAAAUGUUAUUAAAUUUUAAAAUAUUACAAAAUACAACUAGUCUUUUACUAAAAUAUAUUAUGAUAAAUGAAAAAAAUAUGAAAGAUUUAAAUACUCAUAGAAAAAACAUGGAAAAUUUUCUUAAAAUAAUGAAAGAAAAAUGUAUAUUACAAAUUAGAGAUAAAAGUAAAAAUAUGAAUUCUUUAAAGUAUAUUUGUAAAUAUUUACAAGAUUUUUUAUAUGAUGAUUUAGAGAAAAAAUAUUAUUUUGGAAAAAUUAGGGGUGGCUUUCCGUUUUGUAAUAACUCAGAAAACAUAUUACUACGUAACGAAGAUGCUUUUGAUAAAAAAAAUCCAGAUUUUCUUUUAAGAGAAAAGAAAAGAAAUUCAUUAAAUUUUUUAUAUUAUGUAAAUCAUUGCCAUAGAGAUAUUUUAAAAACUCCCCUUUCGUAUUACAGUUCUCCUGUAGACAGUAUUCAAGGUUUAUAUUUUAAAAUGCAUUAUUUUUUUAAAAAGUUGCAUUUUUUAAAAUUAUUAUUAUUAAGAAUUAAAUAUUACAGAAAUUUGUUUUUUAAAUAUAUAAAAAAUGAAAAUAAUUUUUAUGUGUUUUUCAUGUAUAUCUUUUUAAUUAUAUUUAUAAUAAAUAAUUUUUUAUGUUAUAUCUUUUAUAAACAUUUAUCUAAUAAGUUAAAUACUUAUAUUAAAAAUUGUAAUUGCCACAAUAAAUAA